AUGGUGACUUUUUUCCAUGACAUGAUGCACAAAGAGGUUGAGGUGUAUGUGGAUGAUAUGAUUGUAAAAGCUCGCAAAACAGAUGAUCAUGCGACCAAUCUUGAAAGGUUAUUUAAGAGGUUAUGGAAGUUUCAGCUUAGAUUAAACCCGACAAAGUGUACUUUUGGAGUCACUUCAGGAAAGUUACUCAGUUUCAUCGUCAGUGAAAAAGGAAUAAAAGUUGACCCAGAUAAGGUUCAAGCAAUCUAUGAUUUGCCUUCUCCCAAAACACAGAAAGAAGUUAGAGGAAUCUUGGGAAGGUUGAAUUAUAUAGCCCGGUUCAUAUCACAACUCACACUCAAAUGUGACCUGAUCUUUAAGCUCAUUCGCAAACACAAUCCUGGGGCAUGGAACGAGGAGUGCCAAGUUACUUUUGACAAGGUUAAAGAAUAUCUGUUGAGUCCGCUAGUGUUGGUACCACCUGUGGCCGGUAGACCCCUUCUUUUGUACUUGACAGUAAAUGAAGGAUCCAUGGGAUGUGUGUUGGGACAACAUGAUGAAACUGGUAAGAAAGAAAGGGCAGUUUACUACUUGAGUAAAAAAUUCACUGAGUACGAGUCCAAGUAUUCCUCGUUGAAAAAGAUGUGUUGUGCUUUAGCAUGGACGACGUAUCAACUUAGGCAGUACAUGCUAUAUCAUACCACUUGGCUCAUUGCGAAGUUCGAUCCUAUUAAAUACAUCUUCGAGAAACCAUCCUUAUCAGGUAGAGUGGCAAGAUGGCAAGUGUUAUUGUCUGAAUAUGAUGUUGUAUAUGUGUCCCAAAAAGCUAUUAAAGGAAGUGCAAUCAUUGAUUUUAUGGCAGAGAGGGUGGAUGAGGAUUAUGAACGUAUGGAGUUUGAGUUCCCAGAUGAGGACUUGAUGUCAAUAUGCCAAACAAGUGAGGAGAAAUCGGAGAAAGAGAAUUGGAAGAUGUUUUUCGAUGGAGCUUCGAAUGCCUUGGGGCAUGGCAUAGGGGUCGUGUUAGUGUCACCAAAAGGAGAUCAUUAUCCCAUCAUAGCUAAACUCAACUUCUAUUGCACCAAUAAUGUGGUCGAAUAUGAAGCUUGUUUCAUGGGUCUUCACGCAGCAAUCGAGAGAAAAAUUCACAUUUUGGAAGUAUAUGGGGAUUCCGCUUUGGUUAUUUAUCAAUUGCGAGGAGAAUGGAAGACACGUGACUCAAAGUUAAUCCGGUAUCAUAAGUAUGUUUCAAAGCUGAUUGAAAAUUUUGAUAAGAUUCGCUUCACCCAUUUACCCCGAGAGGAAAGCCAAAUGGCGGAUGCAUUAGCCACGCUGGCAGCAAUGUUCGAAGUUGGUACCGAUGUCAAGAUUCAACCCAUUAUGAUUAAUCUUCGAGAGUGCCCCGCACACUGCUCCAGUGUAGAGGAAAAAGUAGACAGGAAAUCGUGGUACCAUGAUAUUGUGCAUUAUCUCAAGUUUCAGCAGUAUUCGGAGCAAAGCUCAGAAAAUGAUAAGAAAAUCAUUAGAAGGUUGGCAAUGAAUUUCUUCUUGGAUGGGGACAUCUUGUACAAGAGAAGUAGGGAUCAAAUGCUUUUGAGAUGUGUGGAUUUAGCCGAAGCUCGGAGAAUAGUUGAGGAAGUCCAUGAAGGAAUUUGUGGGGCACAUGCAAGUGGGCAUAUGUUGGCAAGACAGGGCAUGGAUGUGAUUGGGUUAAUAACCCCGAAGGCAUCAAAUGGGCAUCAGUUUAUUCUGGUGGCAAUUGACUACUUCACUAAGUGGGUAGAAGUAGCAUCUUAUGCCAAUGUGAUCCAGAAAGUGGUAUGUAAGUUCAUCCAAAAAGAAAUAAUAUGUCGCUAUGGUUUACCAGAAAGGAUCAUCACAGAUAAUGCUAGUAACCUCAAUGGUUCAAUGAUGAAAGAGGUUUGUGCCAAGUUCAAGAUCAAACAUCACAAUUCAGCGCCUUAUCGCCCAAAGAUGAAUGGAGCGGUAGAAGCAGCCAACAAGAACAUCAAAAGGUUAAUUGAAAAGAUGAUAGAUGUAUACAAAGAUUGGCAUGAGAAGUUACCCUUUGCUUUGCAUGCUUAUCGCACAACAGUCUGA